AUGGAUGAUCUCAAUUCAAUGAAUAUUCAAGGCAUGCCAAAUUACGGCGAGUUAAAUAUUGACAAUCAAGCCAUUAAUCCUUUACCUCAAGCUGAUAAACAAAAGAUUAAAAGACCUCCAAAUGCUUUUUUAUUAUUUUGUCGAGAUAAAAGACAAUCUGCCCGCGGAGAAAAUCCAGAUAUGAAAAACGUUGAUGUAUCUCAGGUACUUGCCGAUCAAUGGAAAAAUCUUGAUGAUACAGAAAAAUUACACUACAAAGCUUUAGCAGCAGAGCAACAAAAGCUUUUCAAGGAAGAAAAUCCAGAUUAUAAGUAUGAAAAAGCAAAAGCCAAACAUAUGAUUAACAAAAUGAAACUACGUCCAGAGUUUAAAAAUGUUACAAAUGUUUUAGACGUCAAAACACUUUUAGCAAUGCCAAUAGAUGAUGCAAAAGCAUACAUGCUUUACAUUGCAAGCCAGUCAAUACCACAAAAUCAAAUAAAUGAUCAAAAUGUUAAUCAAAAUUUUCAAAUGGACAAUUCUCAAGCUAAUCAGCAACAAUUACCAGGAAUUUAA